AUGAGGAUUGUUAUCGCCACGAUGGCAUUGGCGCUGCGUGAGUAUCGGUAACGUCUGUGGUUUUGGAGGAUACUUGCUGACGUUUGCACAGAGCCAUUGGUCAACGCAGCGGUCUCUCAAACAUGUCCCGAUACAACGAAUGGCAUCUGCUAUUCACUCAGUAUACCAGAGCAGACUGCAAGCUCUGGCACUGGCGAUAUCUUCUUCCAGAUGACUGCUCCCACGAGCUAUGAAUGGGUAGGACUAGUCAUCUACUUACCGCCCCAGCUCUCCUAACAUCUUCUAGGUCGCCCUGGGUCAAGGAUCGCGGAUGGCGGGCAGCAGCAUUUUCGUCAUGUACACCUCAGCGAACGGAUCGAAUGUCACGGUAUCUACCCGUCGGGGCAUUGGUCACGUCGAACCGUCUCACGACGGAGCCACAGCACAAAUCACUGUUCUCAGCGGUAGCACGGUCUCGGAUGGGAAGAUGACUGCCAACGUACGGUGCAGUAACUGUACUAGCUGGACCGGAGGCACAAUGGACUUCACAAGCUCGAAUGGAAGCUGGAUUCACGCAUACAAGAAGGGAACACCAAUCACGUCAGACGAACUGGAUGCCGAUAUCUCUUACCACGACGACUACGGCGUCUUUGAUUGGAACCUUACGGCUGCCAAGGGAGGCAGCGAGGUCAAUCCUUUCGUGACUGCAGCCGCUACUACGAACACAACGACGACAACAUCUACCUCUGCUGCUCCAGGCCGUUUUGCGAUCCCGAGUAACCUCCAAGAAAUCAAGAAGGCUCACGGCUUCCUCGCUUCCAUCGCCUUCAUCCUCGUCUUUCCUUCGGGAGCCAUCCUCAUCCGCGUCGGCAACUUUCCCCAGGCUAUGAACGUCCAUCGUGGCCUUCAAUUCUUCGGCCUCGCCCUCUUCACCGCAGCCAUGGGCCUGGGAGCCUGGAUGACGGACAAGCUGUCCCUCAUCGGCGACACGCACAUCAUCAUCGGCAUCGUCGUCUACAUUCUCAUGUUCAUCCAGCCCAUCACAGGCACCUUGCACCACAUCUGGUUCAAGAAGGUCUCUGCGAGAACUCUGUGGAGUCAGGCUCACCUCUGGCUGGGCCGAGGUGCGAUUAUUCUGGGUCUGGUGAAUGGAGGGUUGGGGCUCAAGUUGGGUGGGAAGUUCGCUGAUCUUGAAAAGGCGAAGAUUGCGUAUGGGGUUCUUGCUGGGAUUUUCGGAACGGCUUAUUUGGUGGCGAUUGCGUUUGGGGAAAGGAGGAGGAGGAUGACGAGGAGAAAUGGGAGCGGGAGUGAGCAGGAAAUGGUUGUUACGUCGGCAAUUGAGAAGCGAUGA